AUGAUGUUCGACGAACUGGAUGCCACUUCGUUCAAUCCGAUGAGGGAAGUUUGGUUUCCCCUGGACCUCUCAAACGCUUCAUCCUUCAAUUGCAUCAUGGCUCAUUCUGCCGCCCACCUAGCUCACCUUUAUGCCGGGUCUCCUCCCUAUCGCGGUACAAAUUCAUCUGAUGCUUUGAAGUACAAAACUGAGGCAGUAAGAAUACUGCACUCUUGGAUGAUUGAUCCUAAGAAAGAGUUAAACGAUGACGCUUUUGCUGCAGUCGUUCGCCUUCUUACAUUUGAGAGAUAUUGGGGCAAUGAUACUGAAUGGGAAAUUCAUCGCAAAGGCCUACAAAAAAUGAUUAUAGCCAAAGGAGGGGUUCAUGAACUACAUGGAAAUUGGCGGUUGGAGCUUGUCGUCUAUCUGUGGCGUUUCUUUGAUGUCAAGGCCUUCCUGGCUUGA